AUGCGUCCUCGCUUUGUCCACCUCCUGCUCGGUAUACCGCUCUUAAUCAUUGGCUCUACCGCAGCGGCUGAAAAACCAGCACUGAUUCUCGUCCCCGGAACCUUCCACAGAGCCAGUGUCUACGAUGAAGUCAAGAGUCGGCUGGAGGAUGUAGGCUACGAAUACGUCAACGCCGUCGACCUACCGUCCAAUGGCUACGGUGUAGCAGAUGUAGAAAGAACAGCAGACGUGGAUGUUGUGACGCAGCUACUAGAGACCAGGCUGGAAGACGGCGAAGACGUAGUCCUGGUGGGGAACAGCUACGGGGCAACAGUGAUCAUGGAAGCUGUCAGAGACUUCGAGGAUCGAAGUGCAGUCCCGGCGGGCGAAAAAACCGAGGGCAAAGGCCGGAUCUUGGGACUGAUCAUGCUCUCAGGAUACAUCCCCACCAUCGCUGAAGUCAACCACUGUCCUCCCCGUCCAGAUAUACGCGUAAUCGGCGCCCCCUUCUUCAGCUACCACGACUUCCUCAACAGCACACCCACGCUUGUAUCAUGGGACAAGGACCUCGCUGCGUACCCGCCGUCCCUGACCUUCUACAACCUCCUCAACGCAUCGGCAGCGGAGUACUGGACGUCUCAACUGCUGCCAUCGAGUUUCAAGGCGCUCAAUGCUACGGGUACCUAUGUUCCCUACAACGGCAGAUUCAGGACUUUGUAUGUGGUUGGUGAGCAUGAUAACUGUGUGGGCCCGGCGUUUGCGCAGGGUUACAUUGAUCAGGAGGGUGCGGAGUUCGAGGUUGAGGUGAUUGAUGGGGAUCAUGUGCCCAUGCUGAGUCGGCCCGAAUUGGUGGUGAAUGUCAUCAGGAGAUUCGCUGAGGAGACUGUUGCCGGUGAGAAUGAGGAACUAUGA